CGCAGUCCCUGCGGUCCUGAGUAGGGGGCGGGUGGAAGCUCCGCGCCUUCCUGGGGUCUCUAAGGUCUACAACAUCCCUAAAUAGCGCUCCCUUUGUUCCUUCAUUCAACAAACGUGAUGAAUUUCAGCUCCCCUUCUCUCUUUAGGAAACCCAGUUGAGUCUCAUUCUAUGACCUACCAAAUUCAAAAUGCCGUCUCUUGAUGCUACUUUGUUUGGAUACUUUAGAAAACGGGGGCUGCCUCUGUAACCUAGCCUGGGCUAUCAGAGAACUUGCUAUGUAGUACAGACCUGGGACCCCGCUGCCCCAGCCUGCCCAGUGCUACGAUGACGUGCGAGGGCUUCAGAAAAGAUGCUCAGCAAAUAGUGUCCGAGGGAGCUGUCUCCCGCGGUGCGCCAAGCGCUUCCCCACUCAGGACCAGAAGCCAGCACAGCGCCUGUCCGGGGGAACAGGCUGCCUCCCACUCCCUACCGAGAAGCUUCGGGAAUGGCAUCGGCGCUUAGCAGCUGAGUCUGAGUCCCGGACUCCACGGAGGAACUACAAUUCCCAGUAUCGGAGCUACCCGGACUCCCGGAAGCCGAGGCUUUGGCGACCGGAAGCAGCUGAGACCCAACAGGCCUGAGGUUAAUUCAGCCAGGAAAGUGGGUGGGAAGGGCUGUGGGGCACCUGUCAAUUCGCCACCAUGAACGUGGUCUUUGCUGUGAAGCAGUAUAUUUCCAAAAUGAUAGAGGACAGCGGGCCGGGCAUGAAGGUACUUCUCAUGGAUAAAGAAACGACUGGUAUAGUGAGUAUGGUCUACACACAGUCAGAGAUUCUUCAGAAGGAAGUAUACCUCUUCGAACGAAUUGAUUCUCAAAAUCGAGAGAUCAUGAAACACCUAAAAGCAAUUUGUUUCCUUCGACCCACAAAGGAGAAUGUGGAAUAUCUGAUCCAGGAGCUCCGAAGACCCAAGUACAGCAUAUAUUUUAUUUAUUUCAGUAAUGUGAUCAGCAAGAGUGACGUGAAGUCGCUGGCUGAAGCUGACGAGCAGGAAGUUGUGGCUGAAGUUCAGGAAUUUUAUGGUGACUACAUUGCGGUGAAUCCACAUUUGUUUUCUCUCAAUAUUUUGGGUUGCUGUCAGGGUCGAAAUUGGGAUCCAGCCCAGCUAUCAAGAGCGACUCAAGGGUUGACAGCUCUCCUUUUGUCUCUGAAGAAGUGCCCCAUGAUUCGCUAUCAGCUUUCAUCAGAGGCUGCAAAGAGACUGGGAGAAUGUGUUAAGCAAGUGAUAAGUAAAGAGUACGAACUCUUUGAAUUCCGGCGGACAGAGGUUCCUCCGCUACUUCUCAUUCUGGAUCGCUGUGAUGACGCCAUUACCCCACUGCUCAACCAGUGGACAUAUCAGGCCAUGGUCCAUGAACUACUGGGCAUAAACAACAACCGGAUUGAUCUUUCCAGAGUGCCAGGAAUCAGCAAAGACUUAAGAGAGGUGGUCCUGUCUGCUGAAAAUGAUGAAUUCUAUGCUAAUAACAUGUACCUGAACUUUGCCGAGAUUGGUAGCAAUAUAAAGAAUCUCAUGGAAGACUUCCAGAAGAAGAGACCAAAAGAGCAGCAAAAGCUAGAAUCCAUAGCAGACAUGAAGGCCUUUGUUGAAAAUUAUCCACAGUUCAAAAAGAUGUCUGGGACUGUCUCAAAGCACGUGACAGUGGUCGGGGAACUGUCUCGGUUGGUCAGUGAGCGGAAUCUGCUGGAGGUUUCAGAGGUUGAGCAAGAACUGGCCUGUCAGAAUGACCAUUCUAGUGCUCUUCAGAAUGUGAAGAGACUCCUGCAGAAUCCGAAAGUCACAGAAUUUGAUGCAGUUCGCCUGGUGAUGCUUUAUGCUCUACAUUACGAGCGCCACAGCAGCAACAGCCUGCCAGGACUCAUAGUGGACCUCAGGAGUAAAGGUGUUGCUGAGAAGUAUCGGAAGCUUGUGUCUGCAGUUGUUGAAUAUGGUGGUAAACGGGUUAGAGGAAGUGACCUCUUCAGCCCCAAAGAUGCUGUGGCUAUUACCAAACAGUUUCUCAAAGGACUGAAGGGAGUGGAAAAUGUGUAUACACAGCACCAGCCUUUCCUGCAUGAGACCCUGGAUCAUCUCAUCAAAGGAAGGCUUAAGGAAAACCUCUAUCCUUAUUUAGGCCCCAGCACACUCAGAGACAGGCCUCAGGAUAUCAUCGUGUUUGUUAUUGGAGGAGCCACCUAUGAAGAGGCUCUGACAGUCUAUAACCUGAACCGCACCACUCCUGGAGUGAGGAUCGUUCUGGGAGGAACAACAAUACACAACACGAAAAGCUUCCUAGAGGAAGUCCUGGCUUCUGGGCUGCACAGCCGCAGCAGGGAGAGCUCGCAGGCCACCUCAAGGUCAGCAAACAGAAGAUGAGAUGGCAGUGAAGAGCGGCGAGAAUGUCAUGGCCUCCUCUUACCUGCCUCGGCCCUUCUCUGCUGACCAGGGGCUUCGGGGCUGGCCCUCGUGUUUGCUCUGACUCACUCCAGGUAACCCCGAUUCCUGGACUGCUGGAACAGACCCCGGGACUGCCGACGAUGAGCCCACCCCAACCCACUUGUGAUUCUGUAGGAAAUAAACACAUUCCUUGUGUAUUUGACAGC